UAGAGCGCGCGAACAAUCUUUUUCAUUUCACUUUCGAAUUCGAUUUCGCAUUGAUUUUUUUUUUCCUUUAAAAGAAAGCGUUACUAAAAGAAAAUAUUGUAGCUUUAAUCACAAGUUCAAGAGCUUCACUUAUUACCGGAAAUAUUUUAUGGUAAUAAUCGGGUGGUUUUAGUCGUUGAUGGCGGAGAUCUAUCGCGGAGUGAUGAACGAAGGUGAAGCAUCAUCAACAGGUUGUAAACCGAGUUCACGUGCAACAACCUCGAGACGUAGGAUGAAGAUCAGACGGAUCAAAUUCGUGGACGUGACUCCAUCGGAGGCUGAGAACGGCCGUAGACGCCACAAGUUUCAGGUAUACGCGGCCUCAUUUUCUCUAGACCGUGAAAACAGAGAAGGUAAUUCUAUAUCCGAUGAAGGGGAAAAACAGACAGUAAUACAUAAAAAAUUCAAAUCGAAAACGAAGGGAAGUCCCUCGCUUUUGAUGCCUGUCAUCGGUUCAGAGAUGUAUCCUAAAUUUGGCGCUGCUUCGGUUUGUGGAAGGCGGAGAGACAUGGAAGACGCCGUCGCUAUUCGCCCUUCGUUUCACCGCCAAGGACAGGAUUCUGCCGACGUUGGCUUCCACUAUUUUGGCGUCUACGAUGGCCACGGUUGCUCUCACGUGGCGACGAGGUGCAGAGAGCGGUUACAUGAGCUGGUCAAAGAAGAGCUGGAAUGCGAGCAACAAUGGAAAAGUGCGAUGGAGCGUAGCUUCAAGCGCAUGGAUAACGAAGUCAUCAAGUGGAACGAGAGCGUCGUCGGAGCUAAUUGCCGAUGCGAGUUACAGUCUCCGGAGUGCGACGCCGUUGGCUCUACCGCAGUCGUCUCUAUCGUUACGUCCGAUAAAAUCGUCGUUGCAAACUGCGGUGAUUCUAGAGCUGUUUUGUGUCGUAAAGGCAAGCCAGUUCCGUUAUCGUCUGAUCACAAGCCGGAUCGACCGGAUGAGCUAGACCGGAUUCAAGAAGCCGGCGGUCGGGUCAUUUACUGGGAUGGCCCUCGAGUUCUCGGUGUCCUCGCAAUGUCCAGAUCUAUAGGUGAUACCUACUUGAAACCUUACGUGAGCUGUGAACCGGAGGUUACAGUAACUGAUCGGACGGUAGAUGACGAAUGUUUGAUAAUAGCGAGUGACGGUUUAUGGGAUGUGGUGUCGAAUGAUACUGCAUGCAGGGUGGCGCGUAUGUGUUUGAGGGGAAAGGUCGACGUACGCGCGCCGCCAUGUUUGGUUAAAGGGAUGGAAGGGGAGGUGGUCGUAGGGUCAACGAAAGGAGGGGAAGGGGGAGAGAUCUCGGACAAGACAUGCAGUGACGCGUCGUUAUUGCUGACGAAGCUGGCAUUGGCGAGGCAUAGUACCGAUAAUGUAAGCGUAGUCGUGGUGGAUCUAAAGAGAGCCACGUAGACAUUUGAAGUUUCAAAAGAAAUUUUCUCCCUCAACACUUCUCUGAAAACAGAAGAGAUCGUGGUUUAAUUUUAUUGGUCAAAAUAUGUGUCGGUUUUUGAUUUUAAGGUU